GGGCACAAUGGAAGUGAAUCACUGCACGUUUGGCAAACAUAACAACCUUCUCACUUGCAUUGCACAACAACAGGUCAAAGUGAUGUGCUGCUACUUGCUCAGCUCCACCACUGGCCCUCCAGAGUGAAGAUUUUUAAAAAAAUUUAAAGAACUUGGCCAUAGUGUACGUCACCACUGAGUGUUAAGUCACCUCUCCCUCUUUCGUUUCUGAAACUCAUCCUCAGUCAGAGGAACACCCAGUCCUCCCUGUCUUCAGCAUAUAAGUUGUCUGUGUGAGGAGAGGCAGACAGGAAACUCACAUUCUUCCACUCUUACAUGGCUGCUGAGAACCCCAGGAAGAGGCUUGGGGACAAAAUGCCUUGCUCCACUUGUGCAGACUGUGGGACCGUAACUCUAUAUUGUGGCCAUCGUUUCUGCCAGUCCUGCAUUCUCAAGUGCUGGAAGGAUUUCCCUGCGGCCACAGCUUGUCCUCAGUGCCAAGAAGGACUUCAGCCAAAGAACUCAAAGCUAAGCCGGCUGAUAAACGAGUUCUCUUUGAUAGCCAGAAAGCUGAACGAUCAGGCAAAGGAGGAAGCUGGGUGGAAGAAGCUCUGCGAGAAGCACCAGAAUCCCCUGGCACUCUUCUGCAAGGAUGACGAAACGCCCGUCUGCGAGGCAUGCAGCAGAUCCCAUAAUCACAAAGAACAUUGCAUGGUUCCCCUAGAGGAGGCUGCUGCAGAAUAUAAGGAUCAGAUUUACAGGUACCUGAAGAUUCUGAAGAAAGAGAGAGAACAUAAUUUGGCAUGUAAACUGAACCUGGAAAAAGAAAGCCACGAUCUGCUUAAACAAACAAUAGGAGAUAGGCAAAACAUAGUGACUGCAUUCAAGCAACUAUGCCAGUUCCUGGAAGAGCAAGAGAAAUUUUUCCUGUCCCAAAUGGAAGAGGUAGAGAAGGAGAUUGUAAGAAAAAAGGAGAAGCACCUGGCCACACUCUCCCGGGAUCUCUCCUCUCUUGAAAGUCUCAUCUGGGAAAUGGAGGAGAAGAUUCAACAGCCAUCCAGUAAACUCCUGCAGGGAAGAAUAAGCACCUUGCAAAGGUAUGAAGAGAGGGAGAAGUUUGAGAAUCUUCUGGCUUUUCCCUCUGAACUGAAGUGGAGGAUUUGGAACUUCUGUGAUAUAAACCCUUUUCUAGAGGGUAUCAUGAAGCAGUUCAGAGACAAUCUGGUCUCUGGAAUUCUGCUACAGAAAGCAGAAGUGACUCUGGACCCAGACACAGCCCAUCCCCAACUCGUUCUGUCUGAGGAUCGGAAAAGUGUGAACCACGGAGAAGAAUCUCAAGAUCUACCCACCAGUCUUGAAAGAUUUGUCAAAUAUUUCAUUGUACUUGGACAAGAGGGAUUCACAGCAGGCCGACAUUUCUGGGAAGUCAACGUGGGAAGCGAGGAAGGAUGGGCUGUGGGGGUGGCUAGAAAGUCUGUGAGGAGAAAGGAAGCAAUCACCCUUAGUCCUGAGGAAGGGGUCUGCGCUGUGUGGAUGGUGGCAGGUGGUUAUGUGGCUAUCAACCCUCCUCAUAAUCUUCCCCUCACCCUGAGUGGGGAACUCAAAAGGAUCCAAAUCUGUCUGAACUAUUAUGAAGGCAGAGUGGCCUUUUUCGAUGCUGACACAGCAACUCAUCUCUACACAUUCUCGGAAACCUCUUUCUCUGGAGAGACCAUUUUCCCAUUCUUUUGUGUGUUUAAUAAGGGCCACCUCAGCCUUCCUUCUUAAAGCAGUCACAUCACACCAGGAGAGGUGAGCAACUUCCUAUGUUGGACUGCCAUGCAGCAAAGGGAACAAAAUUGGUGUGUGGGGGCAGGGGAGUAGGUCAGUGACACUGUGAUGUCUCUUCUGAUUUCGGACCAAGAAAAUCAGCAUGGCUUCUACAAAGGAAAGUCCUGCCUCAUUAACCUUUUUUUUGUCUUUUGAGACAAUGAAGAAACAAUAAUGGUGACCAUAUAAUGGUAACGUUAUAUACAUGGACUUUCAAAGACAAGGUUCCUUACUAAACACUCCUAAGUUGAGUACCGGGUCCGGUUCAAGGAUCUGGUGUUGACCUAUAAAGCCCUAUGCGGACUGGGUCCAGCAUACCUUUGGGAUCACCACUCCCCAUAUAUUCCCCAGAGGUCACUUCGAUCAGCUAAUAAGCAGUUGCUGAUGGUCCCUGGGCCCAGGGAGGUCCGUCUGGCAUCUACCAGAGCCAGGGCCUUUUCGGUCCUGGCUCCGACCUGGUGGAACUCUCUGUCUGAGGAGACUAGGGCCCAGCGGGAUUUGUUAUCUUUCUGCCGGGCCUGCAAGAUGGAGAUGUUCCACCAGGGAUUUGGUGGGGGCUAGGCUGUCCUCUUGCCGGCCAUACCACUGAAGACCAUCCACCACCCAUGCAGGAGCUCAUAAA